AUGUUAGCUCCAAAAUUUCACCUCAACGCCCCUGUUCUCCCGGACCCUGUAGAGAAGGCCCCUACAUACUCUCCAGACGAGGUCCCGUCGUGUGGCGGCCACGGGACCCUCGAGAUUCUGGAGGUGACUCGAUAUCUUGAAAACAAUGGCAUCGAGUGCUGUGUUGUUGGCGUUUCUGCGCUGAUGUUCUACGGCGCCGGGCGUGUACGAGAUGAAUGGGAGCUAUGCAUCCCCGAUGACAAGGUCGCUGAUGCGGUUUCCCUUCUCUCCGGUGAUUCGAUGGCGCACAAAAUUCACGCCGUACCGCCAAUUCCGAUUCCGCAACCUUCGUCUUUAAGUCAUACCUAUCAUCGAUUUAAAGGCCGAGGUGUGCAUUUUUACUUUAUCCUUGUUCCUGCAUAUCAUGCCCACAUCCCCUGUGGGCCUUUUCGCAUACGACGCAGCUUAAAUGGGGUACCAUAUCCAACAUUACCGGUCCUGAUGCAGAGUUUCCUGGAUAUGAACGACGAUGUAUCGCUGUGCGAUUGCAUUGACGGAUCUAAUGUGUCAGAAGAGUGGGGAGCUCAAAAUCUCAGGCUAGACGGGACGAAUGACCAAGAAUGGACCCGAAGAAUGAAUCUUCUAGCAGCAGAAGCUGCAAGGGGGAAAGGAUGGAUGUUUGUCCACUACUUCCCCACAUCAACAAUAAGCAGGCGAGAACAGUGGGAGUCGCGGGUUCGAAGUAAGAAGGGGAGAUUGGGGUGGACGACUCCCGAUUCAAUAUUUGACACGCGAUUCCGUCUUAAAGGAUCUCCUGAUCCGUGGACUCAGAAGCUUAUAUCAAAUUAG